CACAAGUGCUAAAAGGAGUUGAAGCAGUGACAGCGAAACCCCCCAGCUGUGGAAGGUAGUACACACAAAAAUCAGAGAAAGGCAAUGAACAAGCUAAGAUGGGCAAUGGAUGGAGGGUUUUGGGAUCUGGACAGGUCCACACCCAGAACCCUUGAAGGAGAAGGACGGGCAGUGCCAGGAGAACCACUUCCAUUGGGUGUUUCAAGAGGUACAAGACUAUCAAGACCCAAGCAGAUUGACUUCUUUCAGCGUUUUAUGUUCGCUCCUUUCAUCCCUUCUUAUUCUGCUUCCUCCCAUGGCUUGUCUCUCCAACGUGUUCUCGCUCUUCCUUUCACUCAAGACUGGUUUGCUACAUUACUAGCUCAAUUCAAUUUGCAGAAGUUUGUCUCUUCUUUUAAAAAGAAUGGAGCCUUGCAAUCUUCACGCCUAGAGAACAUUAGGAAACAUCUUGAGGAUAAGUCCUUAUAUGCACUUGGAUUUUGUUCAGAGCUCUUGUUAAGUCCUUGUGAUACCCUUCUCUUGAGCUUGGAUUUUUAUGGUGAUGAUAACAAUAAGAAACCUCGUAAGAAAGCAAUCUUUCAUCAUAAGUUCCCAAAUCACAAUUUAAAUGUGGAGGCAGUUUGGCCUGGACUUUACAUUGACAAGGCCGGUAAUUAUUGGGAUGUACCUUUCUCCAUGGCCAUUGAUCUGGCGUCUCUUGCUUCUGACUCUGGUGCUAGUUAUCAUUUCUGUAUGCAUCAUAGUGCCGGUCAGCCUAUGCAGCUUGGAGGUGAUGAGACCGUUGAGGUUCCUGCUACACUACUUCCUGGUAUCUCUUUGAAAAGUGCUUUUUCCUUAAAGAAAAAUGUUGAGAUUUGGAGAAGCAAUGCUCAGAAGUUGAAGAUGGUGCAGCCCUUUGAUAUUUUUCUCUCCAAUCCUCACAUUUCGGCUUCAGGGGUCAUUGGUGCUGCUGUGAUGGCCUGUUUUGGGGAUAAUUCAGUUCGGCCACAAGUGGUAGAUGAAUCUCAGCAGUUUGAAGGCUUCUGUCUUCAUGCUCCUGCUGUAAAAUCCACCUUAUUAGUUGAUACAUUUUCAUCUGUUUCAUUUACUGCUCAGCACGGAAACUUCCAAAGACUAUUAUUAGAUCUUACUCGAUUUCAUGCACGCCUGGAUUUCCCUUCUGCUUCCAAAUUUCUUUCAGGUGCCAUCAGAUUAGCACAAGACUUUUGUAAUUCUCAACGGCCAACCAUGGAAACAGUUCAGGCAAUUUGCCCCAAGGCAACCGUUUCUUUUCAGCAGCAGAUAGCAGGACCUUUCAGUUUUAGAGUUGAUUCUGGAGUUGAGAUUGAUUGGAAGAACAAAGAUUGGCAUAUGUGUGUGGAUGAUCCAGUAUUUGCCAUUGAGUAUGCUUUGCAUGUCCUUGGUUCAGCAAAGGCUGUUGCUUGGUAUUCACCAAAGCAUCGGGAAUUCAUGGUAGAACUUCGCUUUUUUGAAACCUAACUGUCUCUGUACCACCUAAGGAUGCUAUAUUUCCAGUAUUUUCUGCUGAAUGCAUGGAAAUUCAGUUUUUCUCCUCGUGUUACUUGGUUCAUUUAAGAAGGCAGUUCCCAUUGUAAACUUUUGCCACCAUUUAUCAAAGUUAUGAAGAUGACUUCAAUGAUUCACGUUUA